AUCCUCAGGCUGCUCCUGGCUCUCAACUUCUUCCCCUCGAUUCAAGUAACAGAGAACAAGAUUUUGGUGAAGCAGUCGCCCAUGCUUGUGGUGCACAAUAAUGCGGUCAACCUCAGCUGCAAGUACACCUACAACCUCUUCUCCAAGGAGUUCCGGGCCUCCCUCUACAAGGGAGCAGACAGUGCUGUGGAAGUCUGUGUUGUGAAUGGAAAUCACUCCCACCAGCUUCAGUUUCACUCAAAUACAGGAUUCAACUGCGAUGGGAAAUUGGGCAACGAAACAGUGACAUUCUACCUCUGGAAUUUGUACGUUAAUCAAACGGAUAUUUACUUCUGCAAGAUUGAGGUCAUGUACCCUCCUCCUUACAUAGACAAUGAGAAGAGCAACGGGACCAUUAUCCAUGUGAAAGAGAAACAUCUUUGUCCAGUUCAUCCGUUUACUGAGUCUUCUACGCCAUUUUGGGCACUGGCGGUGACUGGUGGAGUCCUAGCUUUCUAUAGCCUGCUGGUAACAGUGGCUCUUUGUACUUGCUGGAUGAGGAAUAGGAGGAGCAGGACCCUUCAGAGCGACUACAUGAACAUGACCCCCCGGAGGCCGGGGCCCACCCGAAAGCACUACCAGCCCUACGCGCCGGCGCGGGACUUCGCGGCCUACCGCUCCUGA